UUAAAACUUCUCGUUUCACAUAAAAAUUGUUUUAUUUCGUCUUUCAUGCUUUUCUUUUUUUUAAUUAUCUUUUAUUUUAUAAUUUCUCCAUCCACCCCAGUCUAUUUGGUAAAGAUUUCUGCGAUUGCUUUUUAAAACUUUGCUAAGAUUUCUUCAGUUUUUCUUCAGAUUUCUUCACAACAUCCCACGUGUUGUGAUGGAAUGAAAUUCACGAGGAAAGACAAUAAAAUACCCAAGUGUUAUUUCAUGUCUCAUGUCGAUGGAGUGUAAUUUGGUUUCCUCACUCAGCCCGGAAUCUGUCGAGAUGUGUAGCUUUUACCGGUACUACUAGCGAACAGUGGACCCGGUGCGCGCACUCGCGCAUCCGCGCUAGCUAGUCUAGACAUUAUCGAUGAACCAACCCGUCUUUGAUAGUUCCAAACUUCUUCUCGUGGGUGACGGCGAUUUCUCUUUUACAUUGGCCCUCACCAAUUAUGUGGAACCGUCCAGUAUUGUCACCAGCAACUUGGAAACUGAAGAAUCUAUCAAAAGAUACAAAAAUGCCUGCAUUAACAUGGAAAAACUCAAAGAAAAAGGAUGCCAAGUUAUCUUAGACUUAGAUGCCACAAAGUUACACCAAGACAUUGAGCUAAAGAAUGAGGCCUUUGAAAGAAUCAUUUUCAACUUCCCUCACGUUGGCGGCAAAUCAAACAACAAAAAGAACCGAGCACUUUUGAGAAAUUUCUUUAAAAGUGCUUCGUCCAUUUUGUCUCCAUCUGGUGAAAUCAUGGUGACCCUGGCAAAGGGUCAAGGUGGAACCCCUGUCGACAGUGUCCAGAGACUCUGGCCAGACACCUGGCAAGUUGUGUCCAUGGCAGCAGACUCCAGCCUAAUUCUUACCAAAGUUCUUCCAUUCCAAGCAGAUCUUUACUCGGAAUAUUCCUGCACAGGCUUCAGAAGUCAAGACAAGGGUUUCUCAACAACUGGAGGCCUCACUCAUGUUUUCCAGCUUCAGGAGUCGGUGAGUGUCCCUCACACUCUUCAACUCAAACCUCUCCCCUUCCUCAAGGGGACACUCAACGCUCCACCUUACCUUUACUCAAAACUUCACAACUACAAACAAAUUAUGACCCAAUCCAGCUGUCAUCCUCUAAAAACUAUUUUAUCUGAGUUGAAACCAGCCUUUUCUAAUCUGCACUCUUGUAAAACUGUUCCGGAAUCUUCUCAAGACUUUAUCAUUCACCAUCAAUGCAAUUCAUCGUUAUUGCCACCAAACUUUCUCACAGAACCCCAAGGAGGUACCACUGUCGACCAUUCAUCCUUUGUAUAUCACUUAAAGAAAGAGCCAACGGGGUUUAUAGUUGACCAAAGCAGUGGUCAGUGUUCUGUGACCGAAUAUCACCUGAGAACAUCUCUGUUGGAGAAUCUACCCGACUUACUUACAACUGAAGAUGUAGGCAUUGACCAACUGCUGCUUCUACAUGGUUUGGUAUUUAAGAAGGGCCAUAUUUUGGAUAACUAUGUCCCCGUAUCACUUGAGUUGCUGGGAAUCCUGCCACAAGAGAAAGACACGCUGUCGGACACUAAAAAAUUCUUUGACUGCAUUUCAAAAAUUUUGGAGAAAAUCGGUGUCAGUGUUUCAAGCCAUUAUCCGAAAAAUCCACAGCUUGUAGAAUCUGGGACCAUUUCGGUCACAUGUGUUUUGCAGAUGUUUCAUUGUCGUGAUGACACAAAAAGAAAUUUAGGCGCAAUUUGGAAAGUAAAUUCUAAAAAUGUUAAAGAACAACAGCAAACAUUUUUGGCAUUUCUCUUGGAUAUUCCAACCAUUUCCCGACUUAGCUUUUCUGUAGAACACGAUUAUCUCCUCUGGGAACCAGAUUUUGUUAAAUACUUCAGCAAAAAUUCCAUAAUGAGCCCUAGCAAUAAGUUGGUCCCUUUGAUUUUUUAUCCCCUUCAGUUUAAUCAUGACAUGAGUUUCUGGGAAAACCCUGAUGUUUCUUUUGAUGAACUUUUCUUUCACAACAUUAUCAGGGAUGUCGCUGGGGACUGUGUGAGAAAUGUGUGCCUUAUCGACACUUACCAAGAACCAGAUUCUCACAGAAUCAGCCGCUGCUACCGUUUCAUUUUUCAAUCAUGGCACCAAUGUCUUUCAUAUGAUAUCUCUUGGAAACUCCAAAGUUUUCUCCGUAUACAAAUUGCUCAUCAAAUGGCCAUCACGCUUCGGUGAUUCCUCAAAACUGAAUCAAAAAUAUUCUUAAAAUCCUUUCCCCCACAUCAAAAAAAUCUUUAAUUUUUCUUUUUUAAUAAUGCUUUCUUCAACUCAAUACAAGGAGGAAAUGGCAGUGGCACAGUGGUGGUGGUGGCACCUUGGCUGUAGUGGUGUGUUAAACUGUUCCUGAACACCUUCAAAUACUUUCCAUCAUCGUUUAAAGUCCGUUUUCCAUGCUAGCAUGGGUUAGACGGUUUGACCGGGGUCUGUGAAGCCAGGAGGCUGCACCAGGCCCAGUCUGAUCUCGUGAUGUGAAUAAAUAUCAGGUGUUUGGGGAAUGUCACCUGAGAUAGACUGCUGCCCUCUUCAGGAGUCAUAACACUAUCUCUACUGAAGUGAGGACCAGCUGAUCGACUAGAAAUAACUACCAAAUGUCUUCGAUUACCUGGAUUUGAACCUGUGGUCUAUCAAGAAUGGUUU